UUAUCGGUGCUCUGCGGCAGGGCACCAAAGCUGCACGAAAACACCUCCGUCCGUCCCCGACGAGACCGAAGCGCGAGGCGAGCGUACGCAGGGUAGCGUCAAUGAACGGUCAGACUAGCCAGCAGCAUCCCAAGGACGCCCGCCACGAUGACGAUGCGGUGCUUACCGAAUUCCUUGCUUCAUUAAUGGACUACACUCCCACGAUACCUGAUGAAUUGGUGGAACAUUAUUUGGCGAAAAGUGGAUUCCAGAGCCCUGAUGUGCGAUUAACAAGACUGGUUGCAGUAGCUACGCAGAAAUUUAUUGCGGAUGUGGCAACGGAAGCUCUUCAGCAAUGCAAUGCAAGGCAGUCAUCUAUAAUAAAGGACAAAAGAGAUAAACAGCAGAAGGAUAAACGCUUGAUCUUGACUAUGGAGGAUCUUUCCAAGGCUCUCCGGGAGUAUGGUGUAAACUUCAAGCGUCCGGAGUACUUUGCUGACAGCCCAACUGCUGGUUUGGAAUCUGCUUCGAAAGACAGUGAGGCAUAGCCGAGUUAAUUGAAUGUGUAUCUGCUUGCACUUUAUGUUCAAUAGUUUGGUGUAUUAGACUCUAUCAACGAUGCUUACAUACAAUUAAGCUACCUGCAUUUUUAAAUCUAUUUUAUCAUUGAUCGACUAAAUAACAUCUGGAUGUCUAUUAUGUGGUUUGCCCAUUCUAUACAUACUGUGCUGUGGAAUUUUGUUCCGUCUCA